AUGUUUAAACGAAUAAUGGGGCCAGCGGACGAUGGUGCUGACCCCAAGUUUACUGAUCAAAAUCCAUCGAAACCAGUGAUGAUCAAAACACCAGUGAAUGGGAAAGUAUUAGAUGUCAUGGUGGACACAGGGUCGGUAGUUCCGAUUAUUCACACAGAAACAUUGCGCAAACUAGCACAUCGUCCAUAUUUUCAUCGGCGAAGCAACACCCACUAUACCGCGAACAACGGUGAAUUGAGAACAAUACGUGUGGGAACGGAUUGGAUAACGAGGAAUAAAAUUGAUGUUCGAGGUUCAAAGAAAUGCAUUGAAGUUCGGUAUGGGAAUCAUCAUCACCAAUGGGCAUCAGUUCCGUUCUUGGUACAAACGGAUGAGAAACAGUACCCAGUGCAAGUGCUGCAUUCGGUAACUCUUCCAUCGAGUGAAGCAGUUCUGAUCCGUGUUAAAGUACCCAUUCGGUUCGCAGAUACUGUUAUCUUCAAUCCUGAUGCGUCCUUCGGCUCUCAUCGUAAAGUAUUAUUUGCGAAUGCGUUGCUGAAAGUCGAAAACUACGUUGCGUCUAUUUCUGUUAUCAAUCUGUCACAAUUCAAACGUCAUCUACAUUCAGACGCAUUGAUCGGUGCUAUUUCUUUCCCGUCACCGGUAUUUCAAUGUCUACCUCUCAUUUCAACAGGGCAAUAUGUACAUACGAACAAAAUACAUCAAUGUGCAAUCUGUUUGGAAAAAUUUUCCACCUCAUCGUAUUUAUUUGAUCAUUUGAAAAAAGGUAAAUAUUUUGUGCGAAACUCAGAUUGCAAUCAUCUACCGAAAAAUAUUCCCGACACCGUAUCUGUUGAGAUUGAUAAAUUAGUCGAACACAUCACGAAUAAUGAAGAAAAACAAGAAGUUUUGGCAUUGCUGCGUAGACAUGCGAAAGUUUUUGAUACAACGACACCAUCUACGAUCAAAACAUCAGUGAAACAUAUUAUCGAAACAAUUCCACAUCCGCCAAUUUACCAGAGACCGUACCGAAAAUCACCGCAGAAUCAAAAAUUUGAAGAUGAAGAAACGCAGAAAUUAUUAGACGCAAAUAAAAUCCGACAUUCACAACGUGGGCUUCUCCCGUUGUAUUGA